AUGGAACAGGCCCCGGAUGCGAAUGGAUCAGGUGCUGACCAACCCCAGGACUCCAGGCCUGCCAAGCGUCAGAAGAGAUCCAGCGGCGAUGAACCCAGCGAUGGAAAAUCAUCGCGACAUAGCAAGUCUUGUGCCAAUUGUCGCAGACUCAAGGUCAAAUGCGAGGCGUCAGACCAGGGGACCGACUGUUCGAGAUGUACCCGGCUUGGAUUGACCUGUCUGCGAGAGAAGAAAUCAUGGAUCAACGCCGAAGAGGACGUGGAGCCUACUCAAGUCGCCCUCAUGAAACUGGAGAGGGCAAUGGAAGAUGUCUUGCAGAAGCUCAAGAUGCCUGCUUUGGACAUGUACACUGCAACAACAAUUGCUAAGCCGCGACAGCCGACACGAUUUUCGAGAGACAAUUCGGAGGAAGCUGCGGAUGAGAGGGAGCGAGAUGUUUCCCCGGAUCCUAUGAACAGUCUCAUUGAAGCCACCAGGCUCAACGGUCUUCGCAGCCAGCUUCGGUCUGUCAAGCAACGACGAAAGGGUGGCAUGCGGCGAAGGGAACACGACAUUGUCUCUGAGAAGAUACUUGCAGUCGAGGAAGCCGAGGAACUUCUUUCUUACUUCCAGAAGCAUCAGUCCCACCAUUUGUUCUCUGCCACGAUCGCCACAGAUGCUACUGUCGAGUCUUUGAGGAAGUCAUCGACAGUAUUGUUCACGGCGGUGAUGCUAGUGGCGGCGCUGCUUGUGCCUGGAAAGGAAGCUUUGCACGAAGCAAUCCAUGCUCAAUUCAUUGGACUCGUAUCAGCCGCCAUGUUCGAUCGCUUCCACACGCUUGAUGACAUACGGGGGCUUUGCAUAGCAGCAUUAUGGCAACCCUACCUAAGCUGGAAGCUCUCUGGGCUGAGCAUUCGAAUAGCCACUGAGCUCAACAUACACCACGGCUUCUAUUCGGCCUUCUACGAGUCGAACAUCACUCUGGACGAACGGAAAGACAGCCUCGAGAAGACGCGCCUCUGGUAUCUACUCUACGUCCUUGAUCAUCAAUCGAGCAUCGCUUAUGGACGACCACCAUCAAUGUCAGAGCUUCGGCCGAUCAAAGACUUCGAGAUUCUUCUCAAUUCUGAAUCAUGUACUUCCGCCGAUCGAAAUCUCAUAGCGCAAGUCACCGGACUUGUCGGGCUCUCCAGGGCUUUCGACCUCUUUGGUCUUGAGCCCAGGCGGACAAUGGAUGGCGACGAUGCUUCCGUCAUGAAUCACAAUAGAUUCACGGAAACUAUCCAGUCCUGGCGAGAUCGAUGGGCGGGGCAACUGGUUCGAACCCCUGGUAACUACAUGUCCGGAUCAGUAGAGCUUCAGUAUCUCUUCUCUAACCUAGUGCUCAAUUCCCUGGUACUGCGAGGACGGCCGCUCGAUAAAAUCUCCGAAAUGCCAUCCAGUUUACGUCCACUAGCCUUGAAAGCAGUCGAAACAGCUCAUGCCAUCUUGCAGUAUUUUUUGGAUGAUCCGAAGUACGCUGAUGAGAUCGUCGGCAUGCCAUUAUACCUUCACUCGAUCAUCGCCUUCGCCGUUGUCUUCCUCCUGAAAAUGGCGAGAAGAUGGCAUCUUAUCGGCAUCACAAUCGAUGCAUCGCAGCGAACGAUCCCGCUGGCCGAACGAAUCAUCGAGAUGCUGCAAAGCUGCAAAGCCGGUGCAAAUCAUAUGGUCUUCAGCAUGGCGAAAGGCUUCGAGAGAAUGCUGCGACAGCUCAAGAAAGCCAGCAUACCUGCCUCCUCAAGCAUACAAAGCCCACCCCUCUCAGACCAACCCCGAUGGACGACCGCGAACCAUGACCAAUCCAUAAGCGCUGGCGGAAACGUACAGUACCCCGUUUUGAAUUCAAACGGCACGUACGACAUGUACGGGUCAGGGUUGCCUGUUAGCGGCGACUUCACCACUACGACGCCUGGGACGACGAAUUCGGGCAUCUCGUACACGAAUUGGGGCUUUCAGGAUGAGGAACUGUGGUCUGUGGGGAUGGGCUAUGAUUUGCUUGAGCCGGGUGGUCAGGGGCUGUCUAGUACGGACUUUCCUUUGCAGAUGACUAAUUGGUGA